AUGAAGUUCCUGGAGGAAGGCCUGAUCAUGAAAACCUUCGACCAUGUCAACGUACUGGGGCUUCUGGGGUUGACCUUUGACGCGGAUAAAAACCCCUUGGUGGUGAUACCCUUCAUGGCAAACGGUGACCUCAAGACAUAUCUGGUCAAGAAGAAACAGACCUUGGCGACUUCUCUUCUGAUGAGGUUUGCCUCACAUGCCGCACUCGGUAUGAGUUACCUGGCUCAGCACAAGUUUGUCCACAGAGAUCUCGCUGCCAGAAAUUGCAUGGUGGAUAGUGAUCUUCUGGUGAAGAUAGCUGAUUUUGGACUGUCCCGUGACAUGCACGAAUCGGAUUACUACACAAGCGGUGAUGUCCAGGCUAAGCUGCCUAUCAAAUGGAUGGCUCCCGAGUCCAUGGAACGCCGAGUGUACAACGCCAGGACUGACGUGUGGUCUUACGGUGUGCUCCUGUGGGAGAUUUUCAGUAAGGGUGCAAGACCGUACCAAGCAAUACCCAACCAAGAUGUGUAUGAUUUCUUGAAGAGUGGUCAACGCAUGGCUGCUCCCAAGAACUGCCCGCCAGAAAUCUACGGCAUAAUGGUACGUUGCUGGCAGGACAACCCAAAGUCACGUUGCACAUUCGUGCAAGUCGCCAACGAGCUGGAAGAACUGUUGGAGGGAGACCGCGACUACGUAGCAGCUCCUAGUGCGGGUGCGGUUGGUAUGGGACCCAUCGAACAUCGCGAAGAACCUGGUGUCACAGACGACAGCUAUCUGGUCCCGAUGCAGCAGGAGACCGCCUUUGGUGCUGACGGCCCGUGUAGUGACGGAGAAACCAGCGGGAGCCACGCGACUGCUGCCCAUGAUCCCUUGGAUUAUGUUAAUAAAAUUGUCAUUAGAUAAGUGCCGUGCACAUUCCCCGAUAAGAAAUAUCCGAAAAGAAAAUAGUUUGAAGAAAAAGUCUGUUUCAAGUGGCCAACAUAUU